AUGUCGCGGCUCGCCGACUAUCGACUCCUCUGCUUCGACGUCUACGGCACGCUCAUCGACUGGGAGACGGGCCUCCUCGCCGCACUCCAACCCCUCCUCACAAAUAAGGGAAGCCAUGACGACGACACCUUUUCCCGCGCACAUCUUCUCGCCAUCUACCAAGAGCUGGAAAGCGAGCAGCAACGCCUCACCCCGGACAUGCCGUACCCCGACCUCCUCGCCACCAUCCAUCCCCAACUCGCAGCUCGACUAGACCUCCCUGCCCCCAGCGAAACCGACAACCAGCGCUUCGGCGAAUCCAUCGGUACUUGGCCCGCCUUCCCCGAUACCGUGGACGCGCUGCACCGGCUCUCCCAGCACUUCAAGCUGGUGGUGCUGUCGAACGUCGACCGGGCGUCCUUUGCGCGUUCCAAUGCAGGCAGUCUGCGGGGGUUCCGCUUUGAUCGGAUCAUCACGGCGCAGGAUGUGGGAUCGUAUAAACCGGACUUGCGCAAUUUCGAGUACAUGAAGGUGACGGUGGAGAGAGAGUUUGGGGUGAAAGCAGGGGAGAUUUUACAGACGGCGCAGUCGCAGUUUCACGAUCAUCGGCCGGCGAGGGAGGUGGGGAUUCGGUCGGUUUGGAUUGAGAGGCCGGGGGCAACGAUGGGAAAUUGUUCCACAGAGGAGGCGAUCUUUGAUUGGCGAUUCGAGACCUUGGGCGAUAUGGCGGAUGCCUUGACUCGCGACGAGUGA